GGGGCCGCCGGCGAGGAGCUGCUGUUUGGGGAGCAGAACGGGCUGUAUCACUGCCCUCCGCCUCACCCUUCUCAGGAACCGUCGGUGGAGCUCCUGCUCUGCCAGCUGCCCGAGGCGGGGCACGGCUUGGGGGAGAGCCGGACGUGGCACUGCUCGGGAUGCCUGCUGGGCACCUGCUGGUGCAAGAGUUGCCUGAGCGUGUGCUUUCUGGCGAUGCUGUGCUUCGCCUCGCUCGCCUUGGUGCGCCAGUACCUGCGGGACCUGAUGCUCUGGGCUGAGGGCUUGGACAGCCUGGCCGGCGUACUGCUCUUCACCGUGGGCUUCAUCGUGGUGUCCUUCCCUUGCGGUUGGGGCUACAUCUUGCUCAACGUGGCCGCUGGCUAUCUUUACGGCUUCGUGCUGGGCAUGGGCCUCAUGGUCCUUGGGGUCCUGAUCGGCACCUUCAUCUCCCACGUGGUCUGCAAGAAGCUCCUGGCCCGGUGGGUGCUGGCCAGGAUCCAGGGCAGUGAAAAGCUCAGCGCUGUCAUCCGCGUGGUGGAAGGAGGAAGCGGCCUCAAGGUGGUGGUUCUGGCCAGGCUGACGCCGAUACCCUUUGGACUCCAAAAUGCACUCUUCUCUAUCACAGAUCUUUCAUUACCAAACUACCUGAUGGCUUCUUCCAUUGGAUUACUUCCAACUCAGCUUUUAAAUUCCUACCUGGGAACUACCUUGCGCACUAUGGAAGAUGUUAUCGCAGAACAAAGUUUUAGUGGCUAUUUCAUUUUUAGUUUACAGAUUGUAAUAAGUAUAGGCCUCAUGUUCUAUGUUGUCCACCGUGCUCAGAUGGAAUUGAAUGCAGCCAUAGUUGCAUGUGAAAUGGAAAUGAAGACAUCACUUGUGAAAAGCAGUCAGACAAGCAGCAACAAUUCAACUUUUUGCAACAAGAGGACGCUUGCAUUUUCUGGAGGAGGAAUCAACAUUGUGUGAUUUCCUCUCAUUUUCUGCAGUAUUAUGUUAGAUUUGUGAAACUGAGUAAUUUAAUCUGUUGCUUAAGACUGCUGGACUUUUCAGCAAAACUUAAAAUCCAAGUGGCUGGAAGAUGUACUAUGUUACAAACUACGUGGCAGUUUUUAAAUGGUAAAAUGGCUAAAAUUUUGUAGGGUUCAAUAGUAACUGUAAACAUAGAUGCAAAUCUGGCUGCACCGUUGUCUUUAUUAUAGUUAUCAUGAUUUAUAGUCUGCACUUUAGACUUCGUUUGGUGUUUGCUUUUAUAAACUGAAGAAUACCCUGAUACAGUUUUCUUUCUGCUUAGCAUUAUUUAUAAGGCUGACUAAUAAACAGUAGAUCUUUAAUACUUAUAAAAAUGUAAAGUAUGCAAUUUCAUGUGCAGUACUCUUAAAUGUGUGUGUUUUUGAAACUCAGUGAAACCUUGAUUUGACAGUGCAGUUUAGAGAGUGGACUUUGUUCCUCCUGAAUGUCCAUGAAAUUGCAGAUUACAUCAUCCCUGGUGAUUUGCCUAUCUGCAAAUGAUGUAAUACUUAUAGAAAAUUACAUAUCUAGAUUGCUUUGGGUGGAAGACUUUUGUCCAUUAUUUGGGAAGAUAUUGGAGAGAAAUUUGACCUACUGCACCUGAAGUCCACUAAGUGGAUGUCCACUAAAUUGAGGUUUCACUGUAUUUCUGGAAAGGAAUACAAUCUCCUUUCAUAACUGGGAACAAUCAAUGCAGAAAAAUCCCAUUUUUCAUGACUGGGAAGUUAAGAUGAGCACUUCCUCAGGAGAGGGCUCUUCUGGAAUCCAGAGUAAUUUUCUUGUCUGUAAUAGGUUACAGGGCAACCCCAUGCUUCUUUGGGGUACCCACUAAAGAAAAGUGGAGAACAUUUUUGCUAUUUUGGAAACCAUUUGGUUUCCUUACUUUGUUUUGCUGAGAGCUAAGGGAGAGAAAGAACCCCUUAUAUAAAUCUUUAGUUGAAUGUAUUUUUGUAAGCCUCUGAAAUGUUCUGGAGCCAUCAUAAUUGUUCAUAUAAGUUCAAAUCCUACAUUGUGGGACUGAAGUGCUCUUAUAUAACAUGUUAAGUUAUACUGUGUAAUAUGCAAAGUAAAAGGGAAACUACAGAGUACUUAAUAGAUUGUGGCAAAGAAUGGUGUGAAGGAGAAUUUGCAGGUAAAAUGCAAAUCUUUGACUUGGUUUUAUCAUCCUUGUGAGUAACAACAAAAGGGCUCUUCCACAGUUUCUAACUAGCUGUGAAAAGAUUUUAGGAAACCGUACAUCAGAUUUGCUUCAUUCUGCAUCCUCUAACACUAGCAAAAUAGGUGGAAAUCUUUCUGAAAACAUCAUGAUACUAAUUAAUCACGUGGCCUUUAUUUUUUAGAGAAGACCUUUUGGUUUUUCUUUUUAAAAAAGCUUUAAAAAUCCACACAAUUCCUCCCUGAGUAUAUUUUCCUCUGAUCAUAAAAUAAUGCUCUUGUGUAAGUUUUCUGCAGUAUUUUAAGAUUUGUAUCUAUGAGGCUGUGAAGAUUGCAUGUGUCCCUUUCUUCUUUUUUUGAAAAAUUAGGAAAAGACAGGUUUUCCAUCUUAAAAGCAUUGACUAGAAAAUGGCAGAAAUGUCUUGAGGCUCAGGAAUCUGUAAACAUUUUUAAAAGAAUAUUUCAUACAAUGUGUUGAAUUCUCUUUAGAAAAUCACCAAGGUUUGAAUGGACUGGAAUAAGCCUAGCUAUGCUUAUAUGUAUUCAUAUCAUAAUUCUUUAUAGAUUGCAUAUUUGUAUGCCUGACAUGAGAACUCAGAAAGAUACUUCAUAGCAGUUUGAACCAACUCGAAUCUUUGAACUCAAUUUUAUUUUUGUCUGAACAAUAGAGUCAAUUUCUGGCUCUUACACUUUUGGAAUACUCCUUCCAUUCCCUCCUAGUCUGUUGUCAUGGUGCAGUGAUUUGUGAAAAGCUAUAAACCAUAACUACAAUGAAAUACAAAAUUCGGCCAUUGACUUCAACAGGUUUGUUUGUUGUUGAGGCAAAUUGUUUUCAAAUUUAUUGUGCAGAAUAAUCUUCUGCUCAGACUCUACCAUAUUUGUUAGAUAGCUGAAUAAGUAAAUAUGCCAUAUCCCCAUGUAAUUUAAAAGAUCAUAAUAUUUCAAAUUUAAUGAUAAAUAUGGAACUAUUGGCAAGUCCUUGUCUGGGAAAUUCAGUGUUGUUCUAUAGUUGCAUUGCUUUUGCUCCUUGAAAAUUGGAAGUUUGGCUACUAUUUUAUUACACUUUGACAGUGAAUGAUUGCUGAUCCCUUUAUUACUGUGGCUUUUAUUUGAAAAGUAAUACCAGUAGGCACUGUAACUUGGAUGUUACUUCACCCAAGGUUUUACCAAUACUUGUUAUUUUGUGAACUCCUUUGUUAACAACAAUAAAGGAAUCUUUGCAAAGCUGUA